GAAGCUAUCACAAGGAUGAUUCCUAUAUGCGUGCAAUGCGGAACGGGAGGAAACCCAUGUAGAUGCAAAGUGGUCGGACCGACGUUAGGGCUUGUGGCGUUUUUAGCAGCCGGAGUGGUGGAGUGGCCGGUGGGAGCAUUGGUUUAUAUCUUUAAACAUGCCAAAGGUCGACGUAUUAUGGGUCAUCCGGCUACCCACGUUUAUCCCAAAGUCUCCCGUUCCAUUCCCAUAUGAUUUUGAAUCUCACUUUUGUAUGAGAUUUGAGUAAUUGUACUACUAUUUAUUAUGUUUCUUUGUCGUCGUACUAUGUUGUGUUUUAUUUCGUUUCCUUUCUACUAUGAACGUUAAUGAUUCAGCUGUACUUUUAUUCUUGGACAAGGUUAAUAAAUCUUCGUUUUUAAUUGAA